CCCGCGCCCGGCUCUGGUUCUGCCCCCUGCCUAGGCCUUGUGCCGGGGCUGCGCCUCCUGGGCCGGGUUGCCAUGGCCUCGGAGUCUGUGAAGGUGGUGGUGCGCUGCCGGCCCAUGAACCAGCGCGAGCGGGAGCUGAACUGCCAGGCGGUGGUGACAGUGGACUGCGCCCGCGGCCAGUGCUUCAUCCAGAACCCUGGCGCUGCCGACGAGCCCCCCAAGCAGUUCACCUUCGACGGCGCCUACUACAUGGACCACUUCACCGAACAGAUCUACAACGAGAUCGCGUACCCACUGGUGGAGGGUGUCACUGAGGGCUACAAUGGUACCAUUUUUGCUUAUGGCCAGACGGGCAGCGGGAAGUCCUUCACCAUGCAGGGCCUGCCGGAGCCACCCUGCCAGAGAGGCAUCAUUCCCAGAGCCUUUGAGCACAUCUUUGAGAGUGUCCAGUGUGCUGAGAACACUAAGUUCCUGGUCCGAGCUUCCUACCUGGAGAUCUACAAUGAAGAUGUCCGUGACCUGCUGGGUGCUGACACCAAGCAGAAGUUGGAGCUGAAGGAGCACCCGGAGAAAGGCGUGUACGUCAAGGGGCUGUCCAUGCACACGGUGCACAGCGUGGCCCAGUGUGAGCGUGUCAUGGAGACGGGCUGGAAGAACCGUGCUGUCGGCUACACCCUGAUGAACAAAGACUCAUCACGCUCCCACUCCAUCUUCACAAUCAGCAUCGAGAUAUAUGCCGUGGAUGAGCGGGGUAAGGACCACCUCUGCGCAGGCAAGCUCAACCUGGUGGACCUGGCUGGCAGUGAGCGGCAGUCUAAGACCGGGGCCACAGGGGAGCGGCUGAAGGAGGCGACCAAGAUCAACCUGUCAUUGUCGGCACUGGGCAACGUCAUCUCAGCCCUGGUGGAUGGGCGCUGCAAGCAUAUCCCCUAUCGGGACUCCAAGCUCACACGGCUGCUGCAGGACUCCUUGGGUGGCAACACCAAGACACUGAUGGUGGCCUGCCUGUCCCCUGCAGACAACAAUUACGAUGAGACCCUCAGCACGCUUCGUUAUGCCAAUCGGGCCAAGAACAUCAAGAAUAAACCACGCAUUAAUGAGGACCCCAAGGACACCCUGCUCCGAGAGUACCAGGAGGAGAUCAAGAGGCUGAAGGCCAUCUUGGCCCAGCAGAUGGGCCCUGGCUACCUGUCAGCCCUGCGGUCCACUCAGGUACCAGUGAGCCCUGUCCAGCCUGAGGAGAAGCUACUGUCCCCUGAUGUGGUCCAGCAAGACACAGAGGCUGAGAAGCAGCUGAUCCGGGAGGAAUAUGAGGAGCGCCUGGCCCGCCUGAAGGCCGACUAUGAGGCCGAACAGGAAUCCCGGGUCAGGCUGCAGGAGGACAUCACUGCCAUGCGCAACUCCUAUGACGUCAAGCUGUCCACACUGGAGGAAAGCCUGCGGAAGGAGAAGGAGACAGAGGCAGUCCUGAAGGCACAAGUCCUAUAUAAGACUGAGGCCAUGUCCAGCGCCAAGUUAGCCAAUGGGUCUGAGUACUCAGUUGCUUUCCAGUACGAGACCGCAGUGAAACCCACCAUCCUCUCCAUGCCGGACAUAUCACCCAGUGACGGGGUCACCGAGAGCCACACCCCCCUCACAUUUGAGGAGCUGCCCCACAUGGAGCCCUCCAGAUCAGAGAUUUCUUUUGGGUCCGAUGAAUCGUCCACCCUCGAAGAUUCCUCCAUGUCUGAAGCUUUCCCUGGGCCCGAGGACCUUUCCAAUGUGGAAUUCUCCAUGCCUGGGGUGCUGGCUGAGAGCACGUCCUUCCCUAAUGAGCGUCUGGGUCCAGAUGUGGCUUCACCUCCGCUGGAGGGUGAGAACUAUGCCCAGGACGAGGAGCCGAGACUGGUGUCCUUGCAGAUGUUGACAGGCCUGCAUGACCCCUUUGCUGACAUGGAAGCUAAGCUAGCCAGACUAUCCUCCACUGUGGCCAGGACUGAACUAUCCCGCAUAGAUGUCCCCCAAACCCCUGAGCAGCAGCCUUCCCAGACAGACCUAAUGGAACCCAGUGAUGUCAAGUCAAAAGCUCAGGUGGCUGACAACCUCCCACCCAGGACGGAGGCUGACAACUUAGGCCUGGAAGUGGCCGAGGAGCUAGUAUCUGAGGUAGAAGCUGGCAUGUGGAUGGAGCCUGAAGCUCACAUGGCCCAGGUGGCCGAGGUGGCCCAGCCUCAGUCCCUGCUGGUUAUGGCAAGCGUGAGAAGAGAGAGCGUGGGCAUGGAAGUGACUGAGGAGCUGCAGCCUGUGGACCAGCAGCGAGUGCUGGCCCGCUUGCAGCUGCUGGAGCAGCAGGUGGUGGGGGGCGAGCAGGCGAAGAACAAGGAUCUGAAGGAGAAGCACAAACGACGCAAGCGGUAUGCCGACGAGCGCAAAAAGCAGCUGGUGGCAGCGCUGCAGAACUCCGAUGAGGACAGCGGGGACUGGGUGCUGCUCAAUGUCUACGACUCCAUCCAGGAGGAAGUGAGGGCCAAGAGCAAGCUUCUGGAGAAGAUGCAGAAGAAGCUCUGGGCAGCAGAGGUGGAGAUCAAGGACCUACAGUCGGAGUUCCAUCUGGAGAAGAUCGAUUACCUGGCCACCAUCCGCAGGCAGGAGCGUGACUCUAUGCUCUUCCAGCAGCUCCUAGAGCAGAUGCAGCCACUCAUCCGCAGGGACUGUAACUAUAGCAACCUGGAGAAGAUAAGGCGGGAGUCCAGCUGGGAUGAGGAUAAAGGCCUCUGGAAGAUCCCGGAGCCCAUCAUCCUAAAAACCACCCUCCCAGUAGCAGUUUCAACUGGGCCACAGAACAAACCAGCCCGCAAGACCUCUGCAGUGGACAAUGGAAAACCACAUAUGCAGGAGGAAGACCGCUAUAAGCUGAUGCUCAGUCGGAGCGACAGUGAAAAUAUUGCCAGUAACUACUUCCGGUCCAAGAGGGCCAGUCAGAUCCUCAGCACUGACCCCAUGAAGAGUCUCACGUAUCACAACUCACCGCCAGGCCUCAAUUCCUCCCUCAGCACCAACUCUGCCAUGCCGCCCACUCAGAGCCCUGAAAUGCCCCAGCCCCGGCCCUUCCGCCUGGAGUCCCUUGACAUCCCUUUCUCCAAAGCCAAGCGUAAGAAAAGCAAAAGCAACUUCAGCAGCAAGCCUCUGUGAUCCAGCUGUCUGAUGCUGUCUGCUUUUAGGCUUCGAGAAACUGCCAAGCCUUCCUAAGGCAGCCCCAACCAGACCUCCUCGUCCUCCCACCACAGUGUCCUCAGGUCCAAUGGGGCUUAGACCUGGGAAGACACAUUUCCUUCCUGAUUCUCCAGAGAGCCCACUUUGGCCCAGGUCCUGAGCUCUGUGGAGGCUGAACCACCCUUCUAGGAAAGGCCGUCCUCCUACUGUCCAUACCAGCCAGUGUUCCAGUCAAGAUUCCUGCCAUGGAGCCCACACUUGACCUCACCAUGGGCUUGGACACCUCAGGGCCUUCACCAGCAGUCUCAACAUUGGGCACAGCAGCUGUCACAUGGAUGAAGCUCAGCAUCUUGGUGGCUGAGAUUUGUACCUCUGCGAUUGGCCCCUUCCCAGAGAGGCUGAGCCACACAAUGGACACAGGUAGAGACCUGGAGCAGUUACUAGCCUGGCCUAUUCUGGGCUGGACUGCAGUCCAGAGGCCAUUUCACACUAAGCUGCCCAAUA